CUAACUUCUCGAGCUCUACGACACUGCGUUAGUAGCCAUCUCAGAGAGGGGGUAGCUCAUAAAUCAACGGAGAAAGAGAACCAGGAUCAUGAGGUUGAGGAUGGCAAACUUAUUACGGAAUUAAACGUACCAAAAAAUAGCAUCAAUGAUUAUCUAGCAAGUCUCAAAAGAAAAUGGAUAGCCGACGAGAAGAUGCUAGAGUUGAGUGCACGCACAUUGCAAUAUAGCCAGAUGUAUAUACAAGACUUGGAAAUGAUACACGACAAACUUCAACAAAUACUAGAGGAGAAGAAUAACCGUAUAAACCAAUUAAAAGGAGAGAUCGAACAAGAUGUGCAAACAAUAACUGAUAAUAGUCGCAACGUUUUUGCAAAGUAUAAAGAAAUCGCUGACCAGAAAAAGGCAGAACAUCCUUUACGUGCAAACAAAGCAAGAACAUACAGACUUGAAAAGAUUUGUGAUAUCAAGGCAGCUUUAGAAUACAUAUGGGCAUUGAUUCUUUCGAAAAACCCUUCAAAGAGGAGAGAAUCUAUUGACGCUGUGUUACAGUGGUGGUUUGAAAAAAACUCGGAACUUUUGCAAAAGACAUGCGAGGCAAAUGAAUUGAACGUAGAAUCCGUGAAAGCAUGUGUCGCUGGUCUCUAUGAUGCAUCAUGCAAAAGACGGCAUGGCCGUGAAUAUCGUAUCGUAAUUUUUGCAGAAUAUUGGAAUCCAAAUGAGGUGUUUGCCUUGGCACUCUUAUUAAAGCAUCAUGAUCUUCAAUUUACUUAUUCCGAUACGACUGAUACGACUGAUAUGACUGUUACGGAUGUGGAUAGACGUGAUGCAAAAUUUCCAUAUGAUCUUAGUGCGAAAUAA